AUCACGGCGUACAGAGCCACAGGCACUAAUGUAUUCACUUAUUCACAACCUUUUGACAUGGAAAUAAAACCUAAUUUACCUGUCAUCUCUCUGUAAUGAUAGAACAUUAUCUGUAGAACCUGCCCCGGGAACUUCAGGAACUCUUCUGUGUGAGGGAGCCAGCAAUAGUACCGAACUGUGAGGACUCUGUUAGAGACCUUACUGAUAGUACUGAACUAAAAAUUGUAGCAGCAAUUUGGGAACUUUCUCCGAGGAGGGAGCAAUAGCACAAGAACUAUAAAACGUACCAAAGGAAAUUAUAUAUGAGAGAGUUAUUGAUAGUCCCGAACUAAGAAAAUACAAGACUCAGCAUUAAUACCAGGAUAUAAAAGUUCUCUAUAUUACGCGGGUAUUUGAUGAAGAGUGAUUUCUUAGAGAAUCCAGUGAUAUAUUCUUCUGGAGUGUCUAACCAGUAAUACCCUGGACGUGUUCUGUAGGGAAGUCUAUUGUUGGAUUCUGGUAAAGGAGUCUGUCGGAAAAGGAGUCUAUUGUUGGAUACUGGUAGAGAAGUCCGUCGGUUGAGGAGUCUAUAGUUGGAUUCCGGAGUCUUACACUAUACAAUCAUGCAGCUGCUAUACCUUGUCAUCUUUGUUUUUAUUGACUUGGGCUCCGCCGGAUGUCGUGACGGCUUUGUUCGAGUCAAGGACUGGUGUUUCUCCUUCAACCUCCGCCCUACCGGGCUCCAGGAGACCACGAACCAGUGUGAGAGCCAGGGGGCGGGGCUCGUCACGCUCGACUCGGCGGAGAAAGAGCGGGCACUGACCCAGUUCAUCGAAGACAUGCGGUUUUUUGGGAUUCAGCAGGACAGGAGUGAUCUACAGCGAUCACUGCAGGAACUGGUCAAUACAGACAAUGACGCCGCCAGAUUUUGUGAAGAUUUUCAAAAAUACGGAGAAAAGUCCAAGUCGUAUACAUUCAUAAAGAAUGCCAAGAUUCCGCUGCACUUUGACCCAGAAGAGCGUGCCAAUCUUACCACUCCCGAGGGGUUCCGAAUAGAGCUGUCGACGAUUCCUGGGGCGGGGUUUGGAGGGUUUACCGAGCGCUUUGUUCCUAAACACACAAUCCUGGGGAGUUACGAAGGACUGACUCACCUCCACCACAGGGAAGACGACCUUUACUCAUGGCAGGUAGAGAAGGUGGACUCCGAGGGCGUGUACAUGAUUGACGCCGGAAGCCCCGCCCAUAGUAACUGGUUACGCUGGCUGAACUGCGCCGGAAACGUGGAACAGGAAAACGUGGUGGCGGUUGCGUGCGCAGGUCUGAUUCUGUACAUGACGACACGUGACAUCGAGCCCGGAAGUGAGAUGUUUGUGUGGUACGGGGAUGGAUACGGGGACUAUCUCAAGAUCAACAGGGUACAUCCGGAGUCUGACCUCCAGGGAAUAUUCAACAUCCGGGCCAGCAUCCUGUCAUUUGACGAGGACGACCGCACGGUAUACAGUGACGGAACUCCAGUAACAUUUACCAACUGGGUCCCGGAAGCAGCUUCAGACUUCGUGGACAACGAGUUCGGCCUCGUUCUGACGUACAACGGAAGUAACUGGAAGUGGUUUCCGGAGAAGGACUACCGAUACUUUACCGGCCCUGAGGGUCUCCACCUCCCGUAUGUGUGUGAGGACAAGACCACCUACAACGAGGACGGGGUUAUCGACCCUGAGUACACGGUGGAAGACGAGGACUCGGUCACGGAGAGAAUUCCGGAAAAAGUCGUGCCGCCCGUUCCGGGUCGGGGACUACUCAAACCGGACGUUGUGUGUGACCAUAUUGUUUAACUUUUUUGUAUGUGUGUGUACGUGUGUGUAUGUGUGUAUGAGAGAGAGAGAGAGAGAGAGAGAGAGAGAGAGUACAGGGACAAACAGAGAGGAGAAAGAAGGAGAUGUUGACAAUGUUUUAUUUAUUUAUUUUUAGUAUAUAUUUAUGUAAUAAGUAACAUAUUUAAUCAGUCAUCUGUUAUUAAUUAUGAGUAUUACAAAUUAUAAAGUAUUCAUUUGAUAUUAUGUUUUGUUUUAUAUGUACAUAUUCAUUGUGAUGUGAUAUAAUAAAGCAUAAUUUGA